AAAAUGUUCUAAGUGAAAGCCACAAGUUUCUAUACUCUUUAUUACAUCAGUAGCUUUUUAGUGUAUUUUUCAAGUGAAAACCAGUCUUCAACUGGUACCCUUUAAAACUUCAGGAGCUCCUUCCAGUACCUGAUGGAAUUAGGAUGCCCCAUUCUGUGUGGGGUGUUUUCAGCAAAGGCCCCUGUAUUGGACUCAUGACUGCUAGCAUUUGUUCCAUCCGGAAGACCUAGUUUUACAGGAAUGCCCCCAAAAUUCACUCUUCCAUCCUCUCUGACUCUGCUCAACAGCAGCACUGGAGCCUUGGAGGCUAGGAUGCUGGUUGAUUUUAAGCAACUCUACAAAAUGUGGAUAUAAUCUGGGAAAAGUGAAUCACAGUAGAGGUAUCUUCUCCAUCACAUUGUCCUGAGGGCAAGUCUGAAGCUCAUUUUUUUGUGAUUGAUGUAUAAUUGCCCUGCUAAGUGUAAAAGACAAAAGAGAGAACCCCAAAUGGUCCAGCAUGAUGAAUGGGUAAACAGAGUUUAUCAUAUUGAUACAAUGGACUAGUCUCUAGAGAUGGACAGAGGCAUUGACAGUAUCUUAUGAUAAAAGAAGCUAUUAUUUAAUGACCAAGAAAGGGGAUAUUUCUAUAUUAGAUGACUUCAUUUUUGUUAAAUACGCAAAAUGACCUGGUUGGUGGGGGCAUAGAAAUUUAUCCCAGCACUCAGGAAGCAGAGGCAUGUAGAUUUUCACGAGUUUGAGGCCAGCCUAGUCUACAGAGGUAGAUUCAGGAGAGCCAGAGCUACACACACUCAAACACACACACACACACACACACACACACACACACACACACACACACACACACACAGAGAGAGAGAGAGAGAGAGGGAGAGAGAGAGGGAGAGAGAGAGAGAGAGAGAAAGGGGGUGGGCAGAGACAAACUUUCUUGAAAAUCAACCAAUCACUCACACAAGGAAUCACUUAAACAAACAAAAACCUCAAAAAACCAGACACCAAAAAACCAAUCAAUCUAUCAAACAAUGUCAGAAGCAACAGCAGCAGCAGCAGCAGCAGCAACAACAACAACGACAACAACAACGACGACAACAUCUACACCAAAAACCAACCGAAUGAGACCAAAUGUUAGAUUGGAUUGCAGCCAGUUUACUCCUUAACUCAAAGCAUCCAUGAAACCCAGGCACAUCAUGGGCUAUGGUGUGCUCUACACAUCCUGAUCUUAAGUUCCUAUACUUAAAGUAACACUUCUGUCAUUAAAGAGGGAUAGGCUGAGCUGGUGCCUAACAAGUUGAUAGGGGGUAGGAUCUGGAGGAAUAAAGAGUACCUUCUAAUGGCCACAGAGUUUUCUCAAACUUAAAAUAUUUUUAAAACCAAUAGUAUAAGGGAUGCAUAAUUUAAUGACAUAGUAAGAAUGCACUCCUAGAUUAUAUACUUGAAAAAGAUGAAUUUGCUGCAUAAGUGUAUUACAUACCUGUAAACAUGUUAUUAUUGAAAGAUAAUGCUUCUUUCACAUGUAUGAAUGUUUUGCCUACGUGUCUGUGUGUGCACUAUAUGUAUGUCUGGGCCUGUGAAGAUAUGAGAGUUCUAGAUCGCCUAUAAUUAGAUUUGAAGAUGCCUUUGAGCUUCUUUGUAGGUGUUACUGUAGGUUUCAGGGUUUGAAGCUGACUGAUGUUGAGGAUUACCUUUGCCCUCCAGUAGCAGACAGGUUACCUUCCAGUAUUAUGAACUCUGGUUAGUAGUGUGAAGAGUCUAGUUAGACCCCGGCUCAACCUAUCCCUCCCCCCCCUGUGAUGACAGAAAUGUUAUCUUCAGAAGUCAGUCCUGAACAUCAGAUUGUGUAGAGCAACCAAUAGUCUUGGCACUGGCUUGUGAUGGUCAAGGUUUUCUAUAGGACCCUUUGGGUAAUGACUCAACAGGUUGUCACCCAUUCCUGUUGCUGGAUUUGUAACUUGGUGGCACAAGAUGUCUAAGUGGAGCCUCGUGUCAUGUUAGUUUUUGGCUCCAUAUGUAUUCCAUACAUAUAGGAAGCUAAUAGAGUAGCAGAUUUCCAUUUAAUUUUUUCAAAGGGACUUUAGUGUUUGUUGUCCCUCCCCUUAUUUCCUACUUUACCUAGGCUUGCAUGCCAGGGCUGUGGGUGCCUGGAUAAGAAAAAGAAACUGACCCUCUUCCUUAUCAAGUAUGAAUCUGUAUGCCCAUUCCAACAUGCAGCCAGCAGGUGACCAGGAUACACUGGAGAGAGUGAUCAACUCCAGUCAACAUCAUGUUGAUGAAUAUGAAAGGAGGGUAAAGGGGCUUGAAAAAUGCGAGGGAGGUAGAAGUGUGUACCCUUUGCCUCUACCCAUUUCUCCCGGUUCCCUCUCAUUAACCCCUCCUAUUCUAGCUUUUAUCUCUUCCCAACACUAUACACUCCUUCCUCUUCCUGGGGCGAUAUUCUUCUGCUCCCUAGUUCCCUAGUAGAUAGUCAGGAAUCCUGUGUGGUUAUCCAGAUUGUAGUUCUCAUAUCAGAUACUUAAAACCUAACAUCCUUAACAGCAGACACAUGAAAUGUUUGUUGUUUUGGGUCUGGGUUUGCCAAAUCAGGAUGAUUUUUUUAGGUCCAUCAGGCCAGUCUUAGGGUUACAGAUUGCAAUGGCUGCCCUAACUGCCCUCAGUACUCCCUUUGAAGGCCAUGCAAAUAGAUCUACUUCAGCGUCAACAUUGACAGAGCUUUGAACAAGCACUGAGGGGGCUGGGCUCCUAACAGUGGAGUCUGAGGGGGGCACACAUGGAGCAUAAGCAUAGGGUACAGUCCGUAAGCCAGCUCCAUUGUGAGCUCAGAGCAUGUCACUAUGGUGGUGCCAGUGCAGCUGUGUUACUAGGUGAUGAAGUAUAGUUCAGUUAACCCUGAACGAGCAGGUCUUGCCUACACUUCUUUGGCAAGAAUUGGUGAUUUUAGCAAACUCUUAUCGUAUAAUUUGGGAGGUGGAGAUUAGCUAAAUGGGAGGGAAGAGAGGGUAAGAAGGUCCUGGGCGGCCCUAGCACUCCAUAAUGGAGGAAGAUUUUGAAUAUGAUGCUCUGGCAUUGAAGUUCCCCAGAAGGGGACGCUGGUACACCCGUCUGUGGCGCUCCUGUCCUGGUUUUGGAUGCCUGCAUCAAAAGAAAACGACGAAAUUUCCCCUCUAUCUGAUUGGGUAUGAUCCCGUGGGUCGAUUACAAAGAGCGGCCUGUGUUGGGGACGUGGAGAAAAUUGAAAGUAUGAUCCAUGAGUGUCAUCAUCAUGUGGAUGAAUCUGAUUGGAGGGGCAGGACAUCGCUGCAUUAUGCGAGUGCCCACAACCAUCCAGAUGUAGUGACACUGUUAUUAGAAAAUAAGUCCAACAUUAACAUCCAGGAUGAUGAAGGCUGCACACCGUUGAUUAAGGCUGCGCAGCGGGACAACACACAUUGUGUUUGUGUAUUGCUCAGGCACAAUGCUAAUCCAAAUUUGAUGGAUUACAGUGGGAAUACAGCCUUUCACCAUGCCAUUUCCAGGGGCAGCAUAGCAAUUGUAAAGAUGCUCCUGGAGUACAACGUAGAUAUUGAAGCCAAAACAGAGUAUGGCUUGACACCACUGCAACUUGCAACAUAUGAAAAUCAGACUGAAAUGAUAAACUUCUUAGAAUCAAUGAGUGCAGAUGCACAGGCCGUGCAAGUGUCAAACAGGUACAGUUUCUUCUCUUCUACAAUCUUAGUGCUGUUCUUGAUGGUGAGAAUUGCUUAAGUCAGGAAUAUUAAUAUGAUAUUAAAUGAUUUGAAAAACUCAGAGAAAUAUUUAGAAAGCUUAUUACACACGAAAUAUGAGCUAGAAAAGAGACUGUUCCAACACAACAAAAGAACAGCAGUACCAGGAAUGCUACAUAGCUCAGUAGUUCAGUUCGUGAGUCAUGAACCAAGACAAAGAAUAAGCUAGAUCAGCUGUUGGUCUACUUCAGUAUUUUUUAUUUUGACACAGUUUUUAUAAUUUCUGACCUUAAAAAUGACAGUAUAAGCCAUAUCUUUAGAAUUAUAUGUUACAUAAUCACAGGUAAUAAAUAGUGUUUCCUAAUGAUCUGUUUGAAAUGUCCAAUGCAGUAGAAAACUACCUUUUGCUAGGAGGUGUUCGGUAAACUUUCAUCCCGUAAUUAACUAGCAAUGUUGGUGAUAUUGCAGUCCAAGACAUUUUUGUGUCACAUUUCAGAUGGAGCUUUUAAUGUGGAUAUAUAAAUAGUUCAUUUCCUUCCACAUAUUCUGGUAUUUUAGAAUUAUAAAUCUUCUCCUAGAUUUUGUGAAUGUUUAGCUCUAAAAAAAUUGAUCUUACAAAGCUAUAUUCCCUUCCAUAUGAAAUAAAAUUAUUAUGCUGAAAUUCCCUGUUUAGUACACAUGUUUACCUAAUGUUUAUGUUGAGCCAUUAUUUCCAGACAACAGAUCUGUGCUUUAAGGUGAGCCUUUCUAGAGAGAGCUCACUCUCCUUUCAAAACUUAAUGCUCUUUGAAAUAUUUAAUUUUAUUUUUUCUUAUUCAUUUUACAUCAAACUCACUGACCCUGUCUCAGUCUCCCUAUUCCACAGUCCUUUCCGGUUCCCCUUCCCCUUCACCUCCGAGCAGUCAUGGAUCCCCUAUAUAUCCCCACACCCUGGCACUUCAAGUCUCUGCAAGGGUAGACACUUCCUCUCUCUCCAAGGUCAGACAAGGCAACUCAGCUAGAAGGAGGUAUCCCAUGUAUAAGCAACAGCUUUUUGAUAGGCCCCAUCCCAGUUGACUGGGACCCAUAUGAAAACCUAGCUGCUCUUCUGCUACAUAUGAGUGGGAAGGUGUGAGUCCAGCCCGUGUAUGUUCUGUGGUUGGUGGUUCAGUCUCUGAGAGCCCCAGGCGUCCAGGUUAUUUCACUUUGUUGUUUGUCCUCUGGAGUUCUUAUCUCCUUGCAGACCUGGAAUCUUUCCUCCUAGUGUUCCCUAAGAGUCUACUGCCAUACAUCCCUGAGCAAGGCAAAUAUUCUCUUUAGAGUUUUUAAGAGGGAGGGAGGGAGGAGAGAGAGAGAGAGAGAGAGAGUGAGAGAGAGAGAGAGAGAGAGAGAGAGACAGAGACAGAGAGAGACAGAGAGAGACAGAGAGAGACAGAGAGAGACAGAGAGAGACAGAGAGAGAGACAGAGAGAGACAGAGAGUCAGAGAGAGAGAGAGAGACAGACAGAGAGAGAGAGAGAGAGAGAGAGAGAGAGAGAUUGAUUGACUGAUUGUGUGUAUGCAUGCUUGAGCCUUUUAGUUUGUGUUCUAUUUAAAAGCUAACCAUGCCUCAUGUUUUCUCUUGAGAAAGUCACAAGGAUACCAGUCAACAGUCAUAGUGAAUUGCUGAAAAAUAAAUUCAAAAUUGUUUGACUAGACCUGUAGUUCCAUGAAUUACAUCCCAGACUGUGGGAGGUAGGAGACACACAGACCUUUGUGAGUUAAGUCCAACAUGGUCUAUGGGGUGGGUUUCAGACCAGCAUGGCUACAUAGUGAGAUCCGGUUUCAAAAAACAUUGUUUGUGAACAUCUAAACUAAGAUACAGGGGACUGAAAUAUAAAGGGCUUCAAAUGCUCGCUAAAUGUUUUUCUUAUGAAUAGUGCAAUAACCAUAACUUAUAAAUCUAUG